GCGCAGGCGCAUUUCAGAUGAAUAAUGCAUUGUGGGAUUGGACGCUAUUGACAUAGCGACAGGAGAGCUGGUAGAAAAACAGUCUUUUUUCCUAUUUUUAUCAAUAGCUUUGGGGAAAUUAUCAUUCCAACAGCUGCUAUGAACGCGUCAGUGGCCAAAAAGACCCAAGACACUUUGGGGAAAGUGAUAAAGAAACCGCCGCUUACUGAAAAACUGCUCACCAAACCGCCGUUUCGAUACCUGCACGACAUAUUCAGUGAGGUGAUCCGGACCACUGGCUUCAUGAAGGGACUCUAUCUAGAGACAGAGAUGAAGUCAGACAAUGUGAAGGAUAAGGAUGCUAAGAUGGUGUUCCUGCAGAAGGCCAUGGACGUGGUAAUGCUGGUGAGCGGCGAACCCCUGUCGGCCAAGCCGGCACGCAUCGUAGCCGGCCACGAGCCUGAGAAGACCAAUGAGCUGCUGCAGGCUAUAGCCAAGUGCUGCCUCAACAAGCUGUCCAGUGAGGAGGCAGUGAAGCGGGUGCUGGCAGGGGACAAGCUGGACCCCAAAGGGAAGGCCAGCACCUCCCGUUCCCAGGACAAGGAGAACCGGGAGGGACGAGAGCGCCACAGAGACCGAGAGGAGAGGAAGGAGAUACGAGAGCACAGCGUCGGUGGAGGCCUGGAGCCGAAGGACCUGGACCAGCCCAAAGAGCAGGAGGACAGGCGGGGCAACAAGGAGAAGGAGCCCCACCGUGAGGGAGAGAGGUCGGAGAAGGCCCGUGAACGAGACCGGACCAAAGACCGUGACAAGGACAAGAGCCGGGACCGAGAGAGGGACAAAGACAAGAGAAGAGAGAAAGACAGGGAACGAGACAAGGAGAGGGAGAAGGACGGAGAGAAGAGCAAAGACAAGGAGACACACAGAGCGAGAGACCGAUAUAGGGAUAGGGAGGAAGAUGGAGACAGGGAUAAACGGCGAGACAAGGGAGAAAGGGAGAAGGCGAGAGAGACCAGACACAAACAGGGGGAGGAGAAGACCAAGGUGCCAGAGAAAAGCGACAAAAAGGCCAGAGCGUCAGAGGAGUCAAAACACCGACCACAUCCAGAGGAGCCCAGUAAAACGACCAAACUUGAACCAGUGGCCGCAGAAGUCACAGACAAACAGUCUGACAAUCCAGCCAGAAUACCCCGGCCUUCAUCUGCUAAGGGGCAGAGGCGCAUGCCCAAAGCAGGAGUCCAAGAAGAGUCUGACGGUGAAGGAGAUGGAGACACUCCGUUGGCAGAGAGGCCAGUCCCCCUGGAGAACGGCGAUGCCACAGACGCAGUGCCAGCCCACAUGGCCCACAGCAACCGAAGGAUACCUCGGCCCAACAGCGCACGGCCUGCCCCUCCUCGGUUCAAGAGGCAGGAGAGCUAUGCUGACGUGACCCCAGCCGAAAGGCUGACCAGUGCCAAGCUCCCGGCGGCUGUCAUCAUGGAGGGGAAGAAGCUCUCUGAGGAUGAGGAGGAGGAUGAAGAUGAGCAGUUUGUGGUGGAGGAGGCUGCCCCUCCUCCCCCCGACAUGCCCGACAUGGAGAUGGACCCUUCAGUGGGACUUCAAGGCGAUGAGAAGCAUGGUGGGCUGGUGAAAAAAAUCCUUGAAACCAAGAAAGACUUUGAAACAUCACCAUCAUCUCCAAAGUCCAAAGACCAGACGCAAAGCCUGGUGUCGGAGGCGGCCAGGAAGAAGGAGAGGGAGCUGGUGUCCAGGGAGAUCGAACGGCUGCGCUCGUCCAUCCAGACGGUGUGCCGCAGCGCCCUGCCCCUGGGCAAGAUCAUGGACUACAUCCAGGAGGACAUGGACGCCAUGCAGAACGAGCUGCACACCUGGAGGAGGGAGAACAAGGAGCAUGCGCAGGCCCUGCUGCAGGAACAGAGAGUGACGGACAACGCCGUGGAGCCUCUGAAGGCCGAGCUAGCCGAGCUGGAGCAGCUUAUCAAGGAGCAGCAGGACAAGGUCUGCGCUGUCAAGUCCAACGUCCUGAAGAACGAGGAUAAGGUCCAGAAGAUGGUGACCAGCAUUAACUUCUCCUCGCGAACAUGAGGGGGAGCCAAGGUCCAAAUAAAGGGGUUCGCUCCCUUAAAAAAAUAAGCGUUUGGGUGAGCCUGGGUUCUUACUUAGUCUGGUAACAUCCGAAAUGAUAGAGGAGGCCUCAACUGCACUUUCAUUACUUGUCAUCAAUGUUCCCUCUAAACUGCGCGUGUGCGUGGGCGCGCACUUCCUCCAGGACUGCAGUGCAGAAGAAAUGCCAUGCUGCACAGAGACGCAAGAGAUUGAACUUCACUGAGUUCACCCCAUUAGUUUGCACUAUAUAGAUCAAUGUUUUUUCUGUGAUCGAAUCAACAUUAUAUCAGCCCCUUUUCAAUGCAACAAACCAAAACUAAUCUAACUUUGCAAGAUUGAGUCUGUGAUUUUGCUGUAGGCAGACAACGGAGUAGAGUUCUAUUGGCAGGGGUUGCCCACUAGCGGUCUUUCAAUCACCCAUGAGUCAAUGCGCUAUUCAGAUCAGUUCAGAUCAGAGCGUGUGCACAUUUCUUGAUAUUCUUUGCUAGUAAUCAAGUUAUUAGCCCAGUUAUAGAUAAGUAUAGGUCAGCCAUGGGUUGUUACUGCUUCCUACAAGAGCACAAAACAUGUAGGAUACAUUUCAAGCUGUCUUUGAAAAGCCAGUCAGGUAAAAAGCUUACGUCUUAAUUAAAGGGGCGGUAUUGUAUUUUGAGACGGGCUUGAAUAUGCAAAUAAGCCAAUAUGCAGAGCGGUAGCCUAUAUUGUCUAAUUCACUGUGUGGUAAUUAUAAUUAGUUGUAUUUUAUAAAGUGUUUCUUGCAUCAUACAACAUAAUGCAAUUUACAAUCACCUAUUUGGCCCAUGGUGUUACAGACCAAGUAAAAAAAUUAUAAAUUAAUAUCAAGCCC